AUGAACAAGCUCAUUCAGCGUGCGGAGCCGAUUUCCAUGGCUGACUUAUUGCACAUCGGCAUCGAGUGCGCGCUGGGAGUUGCCGCCAUCCGUGAAGUCUGUCACUCCAGCCAUGCAGGUGGUUCUGGGUCCUACCUCCCACCGCAGGCCGUGAGAGGCGCCGUCACCUACAACUCCGACGAUAGGAUUCAACAAGAGUUCAAGGAGUAUCUGACCACGCCGCUCCUUCUUGCGGACAAGGUUAUAACUGCUUCGGAUGCAAACGAGGCUGAAAUCCCUUCCGAGGACACUCUCACCACAUCCAGCAAUAUGAAAGGUUUGAAAAGGAAGAGGAAGAAGAAAUAG